AUGCCAAUCGACCAAGCCGUAAACAUCAUUAAAGAAAUUGCGGACAAGCUCAACGAUCUCACCGGCAAUAAGGGCCAUAAUCGCCGUGAUCUGUAUAUCGCUGGCCCGGUCGAUACUCGGGAUAUCAUCGACACUGACUCUGCCCCCCGCGUAGCCCUCACCAAGUGGAACAAUUCCGACGAGGGGCUUUGCGGUGUACCUCAGUACAAUUUCGAUAUGUGUCGCAAUGCGCUUGCGGGCAUUACCAUAACCCAGUCGAUGCCGACAUACGGUCAGGCCCGGUUCGAUAAUAUCCUGCCAAGUUGCAUGGUACUUUCCACGGUGCUUGCCGGUACUUGCGAUCCAGGGCUUGGUCCGCAUCCUAUCCUAUGCGGGUCGGCAUGUCUCAUGUACACCGACUUGACGGACGAGCAACUGGAUAAGCUGGAGAAGGCAUUGGGACAAUAG